UUUUUUUUAAAGCAUGCCAACAACCUCCCACUCACAGCUCAGGUAUAAGGCAUCAGGAAAUGUUAUUCCUGUGUAGAGGAGCACUGGUGGAUCCGCGAGGCAGUGACGCACUUGCAGCCAGCUGACCCUUGCAUGGCUGAAGAUGCAUCAGAGUAUCUCAACUCGGUCAGGAAAUCACUUUCCUCCCUAGUCCAUUCUUUUUUCUUUCGACACUUCACAAGCAAAAGUGAACUCCUCUCCUACUUGAUGCUGUGCGCUGCCAAAAUGCCCUUCAUACCGCCAGUGUCCAUCACGCGCUCUGUGUCAGGACUCGCUGGGAAGGAGAGACCCACCAACAACACUUCAUCUGUAUCUGCUGUGACCAAAGCUUUGAAAGAAGACAAAGGCGGCUCAGUGAAGGAGAGGCUGGCUUUGAACUUGAAACAGCUGGGGAAGAAGAGUCAGCCCAGGAGUAAUCUGCCAACAAUUAAAGGAGUGUCAGGGGCAAACAGAAGGGAAGGCUCGCUGCCUUCAUCCCAGAAAGGCAGAUCUCCUGUCACCAGCUCAGAGAGUCUGUCUAAAAGACAGCAGCACAAACACUCUGGUCACACUUCUGUAAAGAGUGACUCACAGGUGAAGCCUGUGAGAACCAAGGAUCAGCAGGAGGUCCGUUUCACUCUGACUCUCACACCCGAGGCUGUCCUCCUGCUGCAGCGGAGAAACAGCGAGAAACACCGGCAACGUUCAGUCGCCAGAAAUCCCGCGAGUGGAUCCACCUUGGCUCCCGGAGGAGCCACGGAGUCCCGACGCAGGAGGGAAAACGUGCCCAAAAGGCAGAGAAACGGCUCUCACAGCGGAGUCCCCGCUAAAAACAGCACUGACGCUGAGCUCGGAGACAUAAACUCAAUUCUGAAAAUCUCCCUUUUGAAUGAGCGGCACAAGUACGACGACGUGGAGUACGAGGAAGAGGAGAACUACGGCGUGGAUGAGCGCGUGAUGCUCAAAUGUACAGAGUGGCUACGUGGGCUGGAAAACGCACCAAUGACGGCGGGGAACAGGCUGAGUCGGAGCGCGAGCAGCGUGAAAAGUUUCUGAAGGUGACUGGAAAUGAGCGAGCGCCCGGGAUUAAAUGCGCGUUGUCAUGGUAAAUGUCAAAUUUCCCCCAUACAUAUUUCCAGGAUAAAAAAUGUGAUGUGAUGUCAUUCAGCAUGAUGGUGUCGUGGCUAUCUCUUUAUACUAUUGGAUUACAACUACAAGGGCUGUAUGCAGAAGAAAAAAAUAUUUAUUUUUAUUUUGUGUUUUUGAGCCUUGGGUGUUAAGAUCCACUGAAAUAUUUUGUGGAAAAUAUAUUUUCAUUGACACAUGGCUUUCUAACAAGGUGCAAAUGUGCAAGGACGAGAAGACACAACUGUUCACUGACUGCCCGAGCAUGCGCUGUGAGGUGCA